CUUCAAAGCAAGUGCUUUCUACUUGAAUGUUGGUAUAUGUUGGUACUCCAUCUUCAGUGAAUAUGAUUUGCAGAUUCGUGCUGUGCCGAAUAGUAAAGUAAGCACUUACCGAAUUUAUAUCUUGUUCCGGGACCGAUAUCCUCACCGGAUUCUCCAAGGGCACAUGACAUCCCUGUUCAGUAUUGGGUGUUGGCUGACAGUUGGUGGUAUAAUAAUGUGAUCUGCCUCGCUUCAUAUUGUACUUUGUAUCUAUUGACUGGAUAAAGAUAUACAAUACGUUGGCUGUUGGCGGCUGAAGGUUUUGAAGUCAUAAAGUGAUCUACAGGGCUGUAGUGGUGUAGAAAGUCGGUUUUAAGGGGUGGUAAGGCUGACAGAUUGUCCAUUUACAGGCUGCUCGGAUACUAUCAUCAUCCUUUUAGGAAUAUCAGAGCGCAGUCAUCACAAGAACAUGCCUGGCUUAGUAUGCCUUUCCAUUACAAUAUCACAUGUAUUAUAGACUUCCGAUUUGUUUAUAUACAAUUGAUGUGUCUUCCUUUUUCGUAAUAAAAAAUUUCAUUACGAUCAACAUUCAUCACAAUCUUUCAAUGUCUCCUUCUAAUCCCAACUUCAAUCGCUGGAUAGCCAGUCAAAAGCCCCGCGCUCAUACUAUGUGUGAUGCAUCAGUCUUCUAUCGCAACUUGGAGCAAGCUCUCGAUAUCCGAAGACAAAAUCAUGAUCUACACACUCUACUCAAAAACACGUGGGCCAAAGGAGAAACCAUAGAUUUCUUCUCCAACGAUUCUCUUUCCUUCGGUGCCAGCGGAAGAUUACGCAAAGCUUUUGAUGAAGAAUUAGCUCGAAAUCCCAAUGUACAACUCGGAGCUGGAGGUUCUCGCUUAGCGGAUGGUAAUUAUGAUUAUAUUGAAACAGUGGAGCAGGAAAUUGCCGAUUAUCAUGGCGUCGAAGCGGCGCUUGUUGUAGGCUCGGGGUGCAAUGCUAAUUGUGCGACUUUUGAAGCGAUUCCACAAUCUGGGGAUGCUAUUGUUUAUGAUGAGUUUGUUCAUCCGAGUAUUGUGGAUGGAAUGUCGCGUUCGCUUGCUACUAUACAAAUAUCUUUCGCUCAUAAUGACGUCGAUGCAUUUCGUCAGGCUUUAACAUUCUUGUCGGAUUCACAGCCCCUCAUCAAACAGGGAAAAAAGUGCGUUCUGAUUGUCGUGGAGAGUUUCUAUAGUAUUGAAGGGGAUAUGUCUCCUCUGAAAGAACUGGUGCAGGUAGCAAAAGAGAUAUUUUCACACGGUAAUGCACAAUUUAUCGUUGACGAAGCGCAUAGUAUAGGUGUAGUGGGCGAGAGAGGGUUAGGAUAUGUGAAUGCCUUGAAUCUGGAUUCGGAAAUCGCUAUCAAAACUCAUACAUUCGGUAAAGCGUUCGGAUCAAUAGGAGGUGUGAUACUCGGUAGUCACACUGUCAAGAAUGCAUUGGUGAACUUUUCUCGUUCGACGGUGGUUACGGCAGGACCGGCUUUCCAUCAAGUUGCUGCGAUUCGAGCUGGAUACUCUUUACUACCACAACCUGAGACUGAAGCCGGACGAGCCAACAUCCAACACCUCGCAACACUCUUCUUCCAAAAAAUAACCUCGCACCCCAUCUGGCCUCUUGCCAACAAACUUGGAAUCAUCUCCAUCCCCCUAUGCGAUUCCUGGGAACAACGCGCGUUGCAGACACAGUUGAUUCCGCUCUGGACUCGAGAUGUGCAUGGUAAGGAAUUGGCGUUUUCGUUGGAGGAGAAUGGGUUUGCGGUGUUUCCCGUGCGGUAUAAGGUUAAGCAGGGGAUGGCAAAGUUGAGGAUUAUUGUGCAUGCGGCGCAGACGGGGGUGGAGGUGGAGGGCUUGGUGGAGGCGGUUUGUGCGUGGGUUGGGGGGGUGGUGAGGAGGUUGGGGUGGGAGAGGCAGGGGCAGGGGGAGGGGGAGAGGGAUAUGGGGAUGGGGAUCGGAAAUGGAGGGAGUGGGGUUUGUGAUAUGGGAAAGGUGUGGCGGUUUGUUGGAGAGGAUGAGGGUAGUGGUGAUGAGGUUGUAGAUGCGUGUGAGGGAGAGGAUCAAGAAUAUGCUAAUAGACUUUGA